AUGGAACAAACAAACAAGCAAGCCAUACUAAACGCCUGCAUGACCGGAAACCUCGAAACCCUUCAAUCGCACUUUUUAUCCCAAAACAUCCAGCCCGGCUCAAAGGUUCUAUGGCGCGAAACGGACCAAAGCCUCCCGCCAACAUGGACUCUUCUCACAGCGGCGAUUAAGCACGACCAAGCCACGGUAGUAUCAUAUUUACUGUCGAUAUACACUGUCGGUGACAUCAGCUGCGAAGAAAUCGCCUCGGCUAUCAUCCACCACCCGAAUAUCGAAAUCAUGCACUUCCUCUACUCCCAUUCUCCUGAUAUUGUCAAUCUCGAGAUGGAUCCUCAUCGGACUUUCCUCACAGAAGCUUGUCGCGGUCCGCAAGGCUCUGUUUCUUCAGACUCGAAAAAUGAAUCGGCUCUCCUGCUGCUACAUUUUCUCCUCGAUCACGGCGCUGAUCCCCGUGAAGGUGGACUCGGUGCUAGUGGAGCACUCUUGCCAGCACUUGAAUCUGCGCAGCCACUGGAGAUAAUUGAGAAAAUACUUCGGUGUGGAGCCUCUGUGAAUGUUCUUGUUUUCUGGACUGCUGUUCGAAUGGAAAGGGUCGAUGCCUUGCGGACAUUCUUCGGGAAAGGGCUAUUCAGUUCUGUUCUUUCGUCUGGGAAGAUGCUAGAAAUUGCGCGAGAAUCCAAGGACGCGGAGAUCAUCUCUUUGGUUGAAAAGGGAUGUCUGGAGAUGGAGAGGUCUCAGCAAGGCACCGAUGGAAAUGCAGAAACUGGAAGGUCCAAGAGCUGGUGGAAGCUUGGAGGUCGAGCUGAUCGAUAG